AUAAGUAAAAUCUUGAAAUAAAGGCAUAGUUUUUAAUAAUGAUAUAAAUAAUUUACGAUUUUAACAGACGACAACCCUGGUUGCAAGCCUGAAGUCCUUCGAGAUAGCUGAACAUCGAUGACAUGUAUAAUUAUCAUACGCUACUUCCUUAUGUUACCGAUAUACGGGAUUUCUUCACAAAGCCAUCGCUAAUAAAGUGUAUUUUUAUGCGCUGAUUAUUAUUUUAUGUGCUGAUUAUAGCUGCCGAUGAAAUGGAUACGUACUCGGUAGACGUGGUGUACCAAGCUAUUAGUGCCCUCUUUCAGGGCAACAAUCCCAAGGAACAGGAGAAGGCUAACAGAUGGUUGGAGGACUUCCAGAAGUCGAUCUAUUCGUGGACAAUUGCGGACGAACUGCUGCACCAGAAGCGAGAUCUGCACGCCAACUAUUUUGCCGCUCAAACUAUGCGGAACAAAAUACAAAAUUCAUUCAGCGAACUGCCCCCACACACGCACGAAUCUCUGCGGGAUUCCCUGAUCACACAUAUAGGACAAAUCGACGAACAGACAGAUAAUGUUAUUGUAACUCAGCUCAGUCUGGCGGUGGCAGACCUGGCCCUUCUAAUGGCCAGCUGGCAGGAACCAAUCAACGAUCUCUUGGUGACUCUGGCCCCGCAUCCCGCCGCCACCUGGCCGCUGCUGGAGGUGCUUAAGGUUCUGCCAGAAGAAAUAGACUCUCGGUUUCUGCGACUGGGCGCCAAUCGGAGAGAGGAGGUACACAAGCAACUUGACGCCAGCGCAGAGUGCGUCCUAAAGUUCUUGUGCAUGUGCCUUCAGCGUGAGGAUCUUGACCAGCAGCGUGUGUGGAAUGCAGCGUUACGCACCUACAGUGCCUGGCUGGUGAUCCAUGCUUUUCCUAUCUCUCAUGUGUAUAAUAAUGCCCUAUCACAGCUGGCCUUCCGGUUGCUCUCUUCGCCAGAGACGUCGGGAAAACUGCAUGAUAAUGCCUCUGAGUGCGUGUGUGCUUUGCUAUCCUGUAUGAACACGAUACAGGAUGGCGCCAACGAAACGGAGUCCUCCGUCGAGGCAGAGAUCUUCGCAGCUGUCUGUAUGCUAGAGACACCUUACCACUUAAGUGUGGCCCACGAGGAUACCGAUAAGACGAUCAAUUACUGCAGGAUUUUUACCUCGCUAUGUGAUGCCUUCUUAUACGAUUUAUUGGCUGAUGCCAACAAGCCACACUACUGCCUAAAAGGAUUAGAUUUGGUGCUGCUGUGUGUUGGGCACUUCGACUACGAGGUGGCCGAGAUCACAUUCCACCUGUGGUACAAGCUCAGCGAGGAUCUCUUCCAGCGCAACGAAGACAAGUUGACGAUAAUGUUCCGGCCGCACAUCGAAAGGCUGUUAAGUGCUCUGUUUCGUCACUCGCAAAUGGAGAGCGAUCACGAUGGACUUAUUGAGGAGAACAAUAAUUUCUUUGACUUUCGACGCAAGGUCUCAGAUCUGAUAAAAGACGUGGCCUUUAUAGUGGGAUCAGGAGCGUGCUUCAAGCAGAUGUUCCAUAUCCUCCAAGCGCCGGAAACUACUUGGGAAUCCACAGAAUCAGCCCUUUUCAUUAUGCAGAACGUAGCCAAGAAUAUACUGCCAGAGGAAAACGAAAUAAUCCCCAAAGUGGUGGAAGCGAUUCUAAAUAUGUCGGAGCAAACUCAUAUAGCCGUUAGAUACACUGCGAUCUUGCUGAUAGGCGAGUUGUCCGAAUGGAUCGAGAAUCAUUCGGAAUUAUUGGAGGCGGUGCUUAACUUUCUGCUGUACGCUCUGCAGCAGAAGAAUGGCUUGGCGCCAGCUGCGGCCAUUGCAUUGACAUCGAUUUGCACCGCAUGCCGCCAAAAGAUGGUGUGUCACAUUAGCGGUCUCGUAGAGAUCGCCCGCAGCUUGGACAGCUUUCAGAUUAACAACGAUGUGGCCAUAGGUUUACUUAAGGGCAUAUCCAUUAUAUUGACCCGUCUGCCGCGGGAGCAAAUUCAGCCUGCUCUGAGAGAAAUUAUUGGCUUCCAACUGCAACCAUUGGCUCAACUGAUGGAUAGAAGUGAAGCUAGUGCUCAAAAGGGAGAGCGAACCGAUCCCGUUUACUGGAUAGACAGAGCCUGCGCCAUUAUCCGACACACGAAUCCUGAUGUUCCCGAUACUAUGGAGCACCCCACGGUGGCUAUUCUGAACGAUGCUUGGCCAUUAAUAUCGCGAGUGUUGGAUAAGUAUCAAACCGACCUACGUAUCAUGGAGCGCACCUGCCGACUAAUCCGCUACGGCAUCCGGAUGGUACGAAAGCAAGCAAUGCUACUGGUGGAGCCGCUGAUCAAGCAAAUUGUAGUGCUAUAUUCGGUUCAGCAUCACAGUUGUUUCCUUUACGUGGGAUCCAUUCUAGUGGAUGAGUUUGCCAAGACAACCGAAUGCAUUGGAGGACUGUUGGAGAUGCUGCAGGCAUUUAUCGAACCCACAUUUGGGUUGCUACAGGUUGAGAAUGGGCUUAAGAAUAAUCCCGAUACCGUGGACGAUUUCUUCCGUUUAGCAUCGCGCUAUUUGGAUUGCUGUCCGCAACAACUCCUCCAGAGUCGCCUCAUCACGCCGAUCUUCCAGUGUGCUUUAAUAGCCUGCUCGUUGGACCACCGUGAGGCAAACUCUUCGGUGAUGAAGUUUUUUAUUAACCUUUUGGUUUGGGGAAGAGUAAAUAGUCACAGUCGGAACGCUGAGACCCGUCCGUUGGUAGUGGAGAUUGCAAAUCAGAAUGGCGCAGCUUUGGUAAUGAAUUUGAUCCAGGCCUCGGUGUUCCAACUGCACUCUUACAUGCUGGCGGAUGUGGGCGAGGUGCUCCACGAACUGAAGCAGGUGGUGGGCAACGAACGGAUGCAGUCGUUUUUGGUCCAGGCGCUGGAUGCUCUACCCAAGAAGAACAGCGGUGGCUACGUGACGGCCACGCAGCAGCAGCUAGAGGAAUUCAGCACAACUGUGCUGAGGGCGGACACCACGAAAGCAAUUUCGCAAGCUUUAAAAACAUUUACUCGACUCUUCCGCUAGUAUCUGAUAUUUGAAACUGGAUUCGGGAGAUUCUGUACAUUUUGAAUGAUGUAUGUAAUAUUGAAAAUUGUGAAAGUGCGAAGAAUUUGUUAAAAACGCACGAAGCCCUCUAUUUAUAAUAUAGUUGAAUCGAUUGUGUGACGUAAUAACUUAUAAAUUAUUCGUAAUGUACAUUUUGAGUGCGGUCAAGAGAUCCUCACACUAGAUAGCAUUAAGUUAAUUACUAAAUAGUGCACUCUUAGAUCUAAGUUUAAACACCCAAAUGACUCAGAAACAAGCAUAAGCAUAAAACAACCCCCAUUAAAUAUAUAUCAUAUAGUUUUA